AUGGGGAGCAGACAAGUGUCCAUCAGACGGGCCACUUCUGCAGGAUACCGGCUUCCAGAUCGAAGUGCAGCAGGGGUGGAAUCACGUUCUACGGUCUCUUUAAACAAGACGUAUCCAGGGGUGCGACAAAACCCACCACUAGAUACCAAGGACAAGGAGAAACAGAUCUGGGGAGGUAAUGUCAGACAAGACCAAAUCUGGAGAGAACAUGUGGAAUCUGAAAAGAGAGGAGAGAAACGCUGGUGAGUCAGUUUUGCUGGGAUUAUAGAUUUUUUUUAAAAUACAUUGGCAUUGGCGUUACGUUUGUGGAUGCAGUAAAUUUUACUUCCAGUUACUGGGCUACCACAUUUAGAAGGUCCAUAAAUAUCUCCAAGUCUGACUGAUAUCUCUGUAGGUGAACAGCCAUCUAGAUGGUCCAGUCAAAUAGUUGUUGUUUCGAUUUCCAAUCUUUGUUCUAAUAAUAUGUAUGAAAAGUAACGCAUGCAAGUCAGUAAAUCAGGAGUCGUUACAAAAGGAAAUUGCCUUUGGCAAUCUAGAGAAACUUAGUGUCGGCAUUUCUUCUUAAUGGCUGUCGUACAUGUGGUGAAAUAAUAUGAGCUAGUAAACUGUGAACUGCAACACUUGCAAUAAAGAAGUCUUGAUUUAUUUAUACGUAGAUCCACAAACAGUGAUAUUUACAUACCCCCCAAGUGUCCCUAUUAACGAGGGGCAGUCCCUAUUUUGUUCCCAAAUCUCUCUCUUUCUAUCCUAAUGUCCUUCUUUUCUAGGAAUUUUAUUUUAAGCGUAUAACAGAGCUCCACAGCAAUAAUACUCCCAGUAAUGUGUCUGAGUGUAUAACAGAGCUCCACAGCAAUAAUACUCCCAGUAAUGUGUCUGAGUGUGUAACAGAGCUCCACAGCAAUAAUACUCCCAGUAAUGUGUCUGAGUGUAUAACAGAGCUCCACAGCAAUAAUACUCCCAGUAAUGUAUCUGAGUGUAUAACAGAGCUCCACAGCAAUAAUACUCCCACUAAUGUGUCUUUAAACUGCAAUAAAUGUGUUUAGAAAUCAGUCUGUGUAAAUAAGAUACAUUGUUCUUGUUCUAAAUUACAUGUUAGUUUAAUUAAAGUGUUCUUAUUUGUCCAUUGGGAAUGUUGGAAGGUAUAUAUAAUGCUACAUAUAUAAACUGAGUUAAAUUGUUCCUUACUUCACCUGUACUUUUCAAUGCGAUAUUCUGCACAUGCAGUUUAUAACUGUUUUUGAUACAUGUUGUUUACUAGUAAUAACUUUCCGUUAUUAACUUUUUUUGGUGAGAGAAUCUGGUAAUCUUGUCAUUUUUAGACAAAACAUUUUUGCUUUAAGCAAUACUAUAGUGUCAGGAACACAAAUAUGUAUUCCUGACACCAUAGUGGUUAAAUCACUAUUUAGGUGCCCAGCACCCCUUGCCUCCCUUUGAAAAGGUAUUUAACUUUUUUCCAGCGUUGCACUGAUCUCGCCGCAGCUGGAACUGCCCACAUGACUGAGAUAAUCAAACCUGAUUAUCUCAGCCAAUCCAAUGCUUUCCCACAGGAAAGCAUUUGGAGGCUGUUACGCAUUCAUGGCAAAACGCUCUGCUGCGCCAAUCAGCAUCUCCUCACAGAAAUGCAUAGAAUCAAUGCAACUCUACGGGGAGUGUUCACAAUGCAGUGCUGAUUCCAGAACCAUCUAAGGAGUGCCCACUAGAGGUGUUACUAGGCCAUAAGAAAAGGCAGUGUUUAUAUUAAAAAGCCUGCAUGGACUAGCUAUAGACACCAGAGCCACUACAUUAAGCUGUAUUUGUUCUGGUGACUAUAGUGUCCCUUUAAGUGUUUUAUGUGUCUGGACUCUGUCAUGUUUGGGACAGUUUAUUAACGUUAAUAACAAGCAGAACUUUUAUAACUAGGGCACAAUCACCACCCUGCUGUCACUGAGAAAAAGGGAUGGUUUCUUCUGCUUCUGUUAGCCCCAUAGAACUAAGAGAAGUAGCAGACGGACUGCCCGGCGCCUGCCUGGCUUCUGCCCGGCGCCUGCCCUUCUCUUUAUUACAGCUCAUUCAAAAAUUAAAACGUUCCAGCAGAGAGGAUUCCCAGUGAAAAGCAUUGAAUCGGAGUAUUCCCCAGCACUGAGUCAAAGUGAAGAGGAGGACUCGCAAAGGCUGCAGAAAGCAGAUAUGUAGCCUUUGCAAGAUGGGUUUUUUUUCCAUAUACCCCCACAGCAAACAUGCAGACAAAAUGCAGGCAUGUUUUCUUUGCGUGUUAAGAAUUUCUUUUUUUUUUUAAUGGAGUAUUUAUAGCUUUCAUAGUUACUGCAAAAUCUCUUUGAAGAGACUUGGCCAUUGCCUUCAAAGUCUCCACUCCCUAUCAUAACUUUUAGAUUGUAAGCUCCUGGGCUUAGUACUUUGUAUGACAUUGCUGUUAAUGCUAGAUUUCAGCUCCUCUGUUCCUUUUGUACUGGUACGUGUAUACUCUGCGCUCCGGAAUAUGUUGGAGCUUUAUUACCAAUGCCAGUAGUUAUAAUGGUCAAAGGAAAUAGCCAAACCUAGCCAGAACAGAAAAUCCCUUUGUUAUUUCUUCCAAACCUGCUAUAUUGAUCUACAUUCUGCCAUUUAACUGAUAAAAGUGCUGCCCAGCAGAUUGUAUUAUAUAUUUCGUGAGAAAUGAUUUUUGUUUUUCUGUUUUAGGGAGGAAAACUGGGGUUUUCUCAUAGAAUACGAUUCACAGGUAAGAAAUGUAAAAUUAGAAGUACAUUCUAACUACUAGACUUUACAGCAAUAAAACCUAUUGGUGGGGGAAAAAACUCUAUUCAAUAUGCGUCUGUAUAGUUAGAACCCUGUACAUUUCCCUUCUAGAGAGACUUACACAGUGGCAGGCAAUCUUUAGUACUCCAGGUGCUGUGGACUACAUCCCCCAUAAUGCUCUUGCAGCCAUAAUGCUGGCAAAGCAUCAGAGAAAUGUAGCUCCGUGUUACUUUAUAUUACCAUGAAGGGGUUAUAAUAACCCGAUUAAUGCACCCUAUGGGAUGGGGUUACAACCUUGGGCGGUGGGAAGGGGAUGAUAGACCUAAAGGACAACUGUCACCUCAAAACUAUUUAUGAAUAUAAUAAUCAUUUCAUCAAGUUUUAAAAGGAAAUAGAUUUGUUUUUAGAAUUAAGUAUAUGUUAAAAAAAAAUUAAAAACUCAUCCCUAUCUUUAGUAUAUGACAGGAUCCUUCCCCUACGUGCACCUUGAGUCAGAUAGUUUUUGAAAACCGAGAGUUAGUCUCUAUGGUCUUCCCUGUUCUGUGCAUAAAGUGAAGCAGGGAAGACCAUAGAGACUAAAUGUUGGUUUUUAAACACUGUCUGACCCUCCCCGCUCCCUCUCCCCUGUUUUGCUCUAAUCAACAUUCCUAACCAAUCUAAAAAUUAACUGAAAUCCAGCGAUGAAUGGUCCCGUCCUGGUCUCCACUUUCCAUCGGACUUCACUCCUUCUCAUAGAGAUGCAUUUGAUUGGACCAUUUCACGGACUCAGAGCGCAUGUGCGUUGAGGGAGGAAACACGGAUGGACAUGGCAGGACAUUAAGCUGAAAAAAAAAAAUAAGUAAUUCAGUAAAUUGAGGGAGGCAGAGGGGGUGAGCUGAGAGGGAGAGGAGAUAGAAACUUCUCCUUGGGAGUGCGCUCCCAGCACCGCCUGCAAAGGUAUAAGCUGAUAACGUCACCAGCAUGCAGUGUUCGCUGAGGAUAGACAUUGUUUUUGCACAGAAUUUACAUUAGGCAGCCCCGAACAGAGUCACGUGUGCCGGGGGUGUAACUAGAAACUGUCACAAAAGUGCAAAUAUCUCUAUUUGCAGCAUAUCAGGCACAAACACUGCACAUACAGAUUACAACCACCAUAACCACUUCUAAAAGAAUAAGUGGUCAGGAUAGUUGGAGUUAACCUAUAAUGUCAAAACAGCAGAACUGGAAAAACUGCAGUAAAACUAAUUCUAAUGGUUACCAGAAAAUAGACCCCAGCUGUUGCAGAACUCUUAACCAUUUAGAUAGUUGGGAUCCAACGUGGUCCCAUCCCAGGGGCUAAAACCACUGCACUAAAAGCAUGGACGGAACCUAUUAAUGAAAAGUAUUAGUAUACUAGUAUUAGUGUAGCAAACACAUUUUGAACUUUAUUGCCCAGUUGUAAUACCUUUUAGGAUUAAUUCUCAGCGUAUACAAUAUAUAAUAUGAAUUAGGGUUUUGUGUGUGCUUAUAUUAGACAUCUGCGUUUUUUCCCUCCAAGUCAAUGUUAAUCGAGGUAAACUAAUGUUUGUAUAUAUGUUAACCAACAAACACAUCUCUAAGUUAUCAGCAUUUUUUAACUAUCUUGUUAUGUUCUAAAUACACAGGGCAAUGAAAAAGUACCAGAAAUUCUACCGGAAGAGGCCCAUAUGUUUUCGGAAAAAAUGCCAAAUACCACCAACCAAUAUAUCGGCAGCAGGCUAAACACCGAGCUGGGUAAAAGUCUGGUUCACAUGGAUUUUCUCCUCACUGGUGGAAAACGAAAGAAAAAGCUUGGAAGUGAACUCCUGCCCUGUUAA